AUGAUUAAAUUAGGAUUUUACCGAAACAGUAACAUAGUUGAUAACGCAUCCUUCGAAGCUGACUUCGAUUCCUGGUUAGCAGCAGCAGCGGCGGCGGCAGCAGGCGCUACCAGUGAGCUGAGUUAUCUCGCAGCACUUCACCCGGCCUACAGGCCAGUACCGUACGACCAUCCAUUGUAUGGCGCUAACACAUUACGAGCGGCUAGCUCACCCGACUGUUAUGCUAAAUAUAGACCGCGGUCGACUGCAAAAUUUCGCAAGCGAAGUGACAUGCCGAAACUUAAUAACUUACUCAGAAAUGCACCAACAAAUUGGGAGCCGGUCCUCCAACCGGCUCUGUAA